CCCCCCCUUCAGCUCUUGUAUCACUAAGAAUCUGGCAGCCAGUUCCGUCCUGACAGAGUUCACAGCAUAUAUUGGUGGAUUCUUGUCCAUAGUGCAUCUGCUUUAAGAAUUAACGAAAGCAGUAUCAAGACAGUAAGGAGUCAAAGCAUUUGCCAAACAUGAAUCUAGGUGUGUUUAUUCUCCUCUUGGCGUUAACUAGUGGUGCCAGCGGUUAUUACUAUGACGAUUAUGAUUUCCCUCUAUCGAUUUAUGGGCGAUCAUCACCAAACUGUGCACCAGAAUGUAACUGCCCUGAAAGCUAUCCAACAGCCAUGUACUGCGAUGAGCUGAAAUUGAAAAGUGUGCCGAUGGUGCCUCCUGGAAUCAAGUAUCUCUACCUUAGGAAUAACCAGAUCGACCAUAUUGAUGAAAAGGCCUUUGAAAACGUCACUGAUCUGCAGUGGCUCAUUCUAGAUCAUAACCUUCUAGAAAAUUCCAAGAUAAAAGGAAAAAUUUUCUCUAAACUGAAACAACUUAAGAAGCUGCAUAUAAAUUACAACAACCUUACGGAGUCUGUGGGCCCACUCCCCAAGUCCCUGGUGGAUCUCCAGCUUACGCACAACAAGAUAACGAAGCUUGGCUCCUUCGAUGGACUGGUAAACCUGACCUUCGUCCACCUCCAACACAAUCAACUGAAAGAGGAUGCUGUUUCAGCUGCUUUUAAAGGUCUUAAGUCCCUCGAGUACCUUGACUUGAGCUUCAAUCAGAUGGCCAAACUGCCUUCUGGUCUCCCAGCAUCUCUUCUAACUCUCUACUUGGACAACAAUAAGAUCAGCAACAUCCCUGACGAGUACUUCAAGCGUUUUAGUGGGCUGCAGUAUCUACGUUUAUCGCACAAUGAACUGGCUGAUAGUGGAGUACCUGGAAAUUCUUUUAAUGUAUCAUCCCUGCUUGAGCUGGAUCUCUCCUAUAAUAAGCUUAAAAACAUACCGACUGUCAAUGAGAACCUUGAAAACUAUUACCUGGAGGUCAAUGAACUCGAAAAGUUCGAAGUAAAGAGCUUCUGUAAGAUCCUGGGACCAUUAUCCUACUCCAAGAUCAAGCAUUUGCGUUUGGAUGGCAACCGUCUCACGCACACCAGUCUGCCCCCCGAUAUGUAUGAAUGUCUACGUGUAGCAAAUGAAAUCACCGUUAAUUAAUAUCUACGAAUUCCAAUUCUAUUGAGGUGGAUCCCGGAGCAACAUUUUAUGGUUACGUUUGUGUGUGUCAGUUUUGAUAGUAUUCAUUUUUGUCGCUGUUUUUACUUCCAUGAAUUUUAAAUUCUGAAGGAAAUGUUUUGUAAACAUUUUACUCCUUUUUU